UUCAAACUCUAAUCUUUUUUCCUCUCUAAGAAAACACAACAAAAACAUAUUCUCUUGUUCUUCUUCUAUGGUUUUUCGUGAAGAGGACCGCUUUAUGAUGAGAAAAUAAAGUUUUUAUGUUUGCAGAAAAUCAUCUAAUUUUGAGUGCCAUAUAUAUGAGAGAGAAAGUAGCAAAAAAGGAGUAAUAAUAGGAAAUGAAUUCUUGUCUUUUAGUACUUCUUUGCAUUGAAUUCAAUCUCUCUCUAUCUCUAUCUCUUCUCUUUGUAGCUAUAUCUCUUGAAUUAUAACUACAUAACCGACUCUCUCUCUCUCUCUCUGUUUUUCCGUGGAAAAUUGAAAAUGAUUUUAAGUAGAAGAAACAAAAGGCGGUUUCAUAGUUCAUGAAGCUUACGAAACAAGAACAAACAGACAAAGUGUUUAGGUUGUUUGUUUCUUUUUGUUAUAUAUAUGGCUUCAAGUGUUGAAAAACCAAACCAAACCACUACUCAACUAGAACCACUCCCACCAUCACAACAUCAUCAUCAGCAUCAUCAACCAGAUAAUCAAAUUUCAUUUGGAAUGAUGCAAUCUUCUUCAUCAACCUCUCUCCCUGGAAACUUCAUAACUAAAGAUUCAGCUUAUGAUUUGGGUGAAUUGGAUCAAGCACUUUUUCUCUAUCUUAAUGAACAAACUGAUCCAUCAAGUAUUCAAGACCAAAAACAGAAUUCAACAUCAGGAAUGAGGCCACCAACUCUUAACAUUUUUCCUUCUCAGCCUAUGCACGUAGAGCCAUCAUCAUCCAAUUCAAAGGAAACAACUGGAUCAAGAAAACUCAACCUACCAAAACAAGUCGUAUCUGUCUCUGAACCAUCCAAAAUUGUCAAGCAGCCAGAGAGAAAUCAUGGCAAGGGUCCAACUUCAAGUUCUGAACAUGAAGGACCUAAAACACCAGAUCCCAAGACACUGAGAAGACUUGCUCAGAAUAGAGAAGCAGCUAGAAAAAGCAGGUUGAGAAAAAAGGCAUAUAUUCAGCAGCUUGAGUCAAGCAGAAUCAGGCUUAGUCAAAUGGAACAAGAGUUACAGCGUGCUAGAAAUCAAGGCAUGUUCUUUGGUGGAGGUGCAGUUUUGGGAGGAGAACAAAACCUUCCUAUUUCAAUGAAUAGCAUUAGCUCAGAGGCUGCAAUGUUUGAUGUGGAAUAUGCAAGAUGGCUAGAGGAGCACCACCGAUUAGUAUGCGAACUAAGAGCGGCGGUUCAAGAGCACAUUCAUGAGGAUGAGCUUAGAAUGUUUGUGGAAAAAUUCCUGGCACAAUAUGAUCAACUAAUGCAUCUCAAGAGCCUAGUUGCAAAAGCAGACAUAUUCCAUCUUGUUUCUGGCCUGUGGGUGACCCCGGCCGAACGUUGCUUCUUGUGGAUUGGUGGAUUCAAACCUUCUGAACUCAUCAAGAUUAUUGUGAGUCAAAUUGAGCCUAUAACCGAGCAACAAAUAAUGAGUAUAUACGGAUUGCAACAAUCUACACAAGAAGGAGAAGAUGCUCUCUCACAAGGACUCGAAGCUUUCAAUCAAUCUCUUUCAGAAACUAUAACAUCAGAAUCAUUGAGCUAUCCUCCGAAUAUGACUAACUACAUGGAACAAUUGGCUAGGGCCAUGAACAAGCUUUCCACUCUUGAAAGUUUUGUCAGAGAGGCAGAUAAUUUACGACACCAAAUCAUUCACCGUCUGAAUCAGAUCCUAACGACGCGACAAGCAGCGAGAUGUUUUGUUGCCAUGGCGGAGUACUUCCAUCGCAUGCGAGCAUUGAGUUCUCUCUGGUUGGCACGCCCUCGUCAAGACUAGCAUGCAGUGGCUUGUGCCAAAUACUACCUUCCCCACCUAAAGCUAACUUUAGCUAUAU